CCCCCAUAUACUACGCCGCAGCUUUGCCGUUUCCCUCUCUCUCUCUCUCAACGACGCAUAAGAAUUUGCACGCUUUGCUUCGAGUCUAAUCCUUUUGAUGCCUUAGCGACGAAGCCAUCAUAUCAACCCCUCAAUCAUCUCUCUCUAUCAAUCUCCCAAAAUCGAUCUCCUAAGGUUUCGGCUAUGUGGUGGUUAGGGAUAGUAAGCUGAUGGCAACUGCAACCAUGGCCACCGCAGCCGGUGCAGCUGCUCUCUUGUACUACACAUUGAACCGCAAGUUACAGACCGGCGCCGCCGAUGACGACGACGACGACGACGAUAGAAGCGGUGAUGGCUUGCCCAAUCGGCCGCUUCUGGGGAUUGACCGUGUUUCCAAUAGGUUAAUUCAGGCGCCGGCCACGUGGCUGGAGACGAUUUCCACGUUGUCUGAGACUCUGAGGUUCACUUACUCCGAGACUCUCGGCAAGUGGCCCAUUGGCGACUUGGCUUUCGGCAUCAGCUUCCUCCUCAAGAGGCAGGGAAACUUACUGGUUGAUGGUGUAUUCGGUGGAGAAGAGAGCCAACAGUUAACAGGGCCUGCAAUUUUGGAGGAACUUAAGCCCCUCUUGAAUUUAUUGACACUCUGUUGGCAUUUUUCGAAGAAGCCGUUUCCUUUGUUUUUAGAGGAGACCGGUUAUUCCGAAGAGAAUGUUCUUCUUCAGGAACCCAAAGCAGGAAUCUUGAAGCCUGCUUUUACGAUUAUAGUUGAUCAUAACCAAAAAUGCUUUCUCUUGUUAAUUCGUGGAACUCAUAGUAUCAAGGACACUUUGACAGCAGCAACAGGGGCUGUUGUACCUUUCCAUCAUAGUGUUGUGAAUGAGGGUGGGGUCAGUGAUCUAGUUUUGGGCUAUGCACAUUGUGGAAUGGUUGCAGCUGCAACGUGGAUAGCAAAGCUUGCAAAACCGUGUCUUUUAGAAGCUCUUGACCAAUAUCCUGACUAUGAACUUAAGAUUGUAGGACAUUCUUUGGGUGGAGGCACUGCAGCACUUCUGACAUAUAUAUUGCGUGAACAAAAAGAACUUGCAACAACCACUUGUGUGACAUUUGCUCCAGCUGCCUGUAUGACCUGGGAAUUGGCGGAAUCAGGUGUUAAUUUUAUUACUUCCGUUGUUAAUGGUGCCGACUUAGUGCCCACCUUCUCUGCCGCUUCAGUGGAUGAUUUACGUGCUGAGGUAACUGCAUCUGCUUGGCUAAAUGAUCUGAGAAAUCAGAUUGAGCAGACAAGAAUUCUUAGCACUGUCUAUCGUUCUGCUUCAGCUUUGGGUUCACGCCUUCCAUCCAUUGCCACGGCUAAAGCAACGGUUGCAGGGGCAGGGGCAAUUCUGCGCCCUGUUUCCAAUGGUACUCAGGUGGUUAUGAGAAGAGCUCAGAGCAUGGCAGCGUGGGCACGUCCUAAUCUUCGGAUAUCAUCAUGGAACUGCAUGGCUCCUCGUCACAGAACCUCAGCUGCCCAUACAAAUUCAAACGACAAGGCAAAUUCUGCGGAGUCCUCUUCUGGUCAUAUUGAGACUUCUGAACCUCUCCUUAUGUCUCCCAAGACAAGGAAGAAUUCAACUGUCAUUGAAAGCCUUGACCUUCCUGUAUCUACAUCUGUAAGUAUGGAGUGGACUUCGGAGAUAGAGUGCUCUAUUUCUGAUGGUGAGAUUCAUCCAGCUACUGAUAAGGAUGUCAGUAAUGAAGUUGACCAUGAUAGACAUGAAGAUCGCAUGACUGAAGUUGAAUUGUGGCAACAACUUGAGCAUGAACUUUAUGAUAGAACAGAAGGUGAGGAGCCAGAUGUUGCGAAAGAAAUAAGGGAAGAAGAAGAAGCAGCAAGAAGGGAAGAAGAAAAUGAAGCAUCAAUAAGGGAAGAAGAAGAAGCGGCAAUUGCAGAGGUAAGCAAUGGCCAGCAGGAGAGCUCUUCUCCAGGAAUGAAGGAAGCGCACAGAUUUUUCCCUGCAGGUAAAAUUAUGCAUCUUGUUACCCUACAUAGUGAUGCUGCCGAUUGUGAAAGUGGCAGCCCUAGCUCCACUGGCUCGGAUGAGCAGCAGCAGGAGCAGCCAGAAGAAACUAGGAUUGGCAUUUUCCUUACCCCAAGAUCUCUGUACAGUAAGCUGAGGUUGUCACAAACAAUGAUCAGUGAUCACUUCAUGCCAGUCUAUAGAAGGCGAAUUGAGAAGCUGAUAAAAGAAUUUGAGAAAGAAGCAGCUUCCAUCGAAGAUGUAGUAUUAUAGAAGAGGGAGCUUAACAUUGUAGUUUGUGUAUAUGCACUGUCACGGGAGGGCCAUAAUAAGCCCCCAAAAUUUUUGGAAUCGAGCUGCAUUGACAUGAAAGCCGUCCACUGCAUUGCUGCAUUGCUGCUAUCAUAGAUAUCAUGGUGAUUGGAACUAGCAACUCUUCGAACCAGUUGGGCGGAAAGGACAGUGGCUCUGGUCAUGUGCAUCAUUUUUGCUGGGACGAACGAACACAUUACUUAAACAUGUUUACUGUGAAUAAGUUUUUGGUUUUAUAAAUUAUAAUUGGUUUAACUUUUUUCCUUUGUAGGGUAGUCUUAGUAUUGACCUGUUUAAAUUGUGCAUUAACAUUAUGCUAUAGAAUUGCAUUCCAGCAUUCUCAGUGGAAUGAGGUGCCUUUGUUGGUCAUUUUUCUCAACAUGUCCUACAUUGGAUUUCCACUUGUAAAAGCUGUAUCAUUGAACUAUGCUGACUUGGAGUUUCAAAUCCAACUUAUAUGUGCAGUCCUAGUAUUAUGUC